AUGGAAGGCGAGACCAAUGACAUCUUCCGAGACGAUGGUGUAUUUGACGCACCCAUUACCCCAGAAACAUUCCAACGAUUACGAAACUGCCUCACAGACCGCCCCCAUGAAGCAGAACUGGGCCAUGAAUUCCAAACGCGCAUUCAACUACCCGUGGAACACCUUGCCUCAUUUGUUCAUGCACUUCACCGCCUGUCUCUUGAAGCAUUUCCCGAAGUUGACCGCGUCGACCGCACUGCUAAGGUCCUCACACAAAUCCUUGUGGCUUUGGACACCGCCCGAUGCCUCGAACAAGUUGAAGUUGUGCUCGGACGCGAUGAGUUACCGGAAAUACCAGCACUUGCCCCCGUGAGUGGCCGUCUCCCCCAACGGCCCUUCCGACCUCGGAGUGAUCACAUUCGUCCGUGGUAUCCACCACGCCAGGCGCGCCUCACACUUCGGACGUCGCUCAAAGAUUAA